CGAAAUCGACGAGCCCGUUAUCGCUCCUUGACGUUCACCGCGCCCCGCUUUCACGCCGUCGACCUUAUCAAGGAGCCAAAGCAUCUGUGGUCUUAACCAUGAGCAAGAGAACAUCCACAACCCGCCCGAAACCUUACUACCAGAUCAUUGACGGGGUACCCAGGUGCCCUUUCAUGACCCCGGAGUCCCUCAGGCAGGGUCUCGACUUCGUUGCCCGUAAGGGAGACCUGUUGCAGGUUUCAUACCCCAGAAGCGGCACACACUGGGUGCAGUACAUUACGCAGCUGAUCCUGAAGGAGGGCGAGCCAGUCGACACGUACGAGCAGUUCAUGGAAGGUGCCAAGUUCAUCGAGUACUUUUCUGGUAUCGACAACAACUGCAAGCAGGACACACCGGUGCGAACCCUGUGCACCCAUCUGCCUCUGCACAAGGACAAGCUCAACCCGGAGGCCAAGUACAUCUACGUGGCUCGCAACCCUUGGGACGUCUGCGUGUCACUAUACCAUCACGAGAGAAACAUCAGCGUCUUUCGCUUCGAAGAUGGCACAUUCGAUGACUUCCUGGAAGUCUUCUUAACAGGCGAGCUUGGAUACGGCUUCUACUUUGAUCACGUGACUGCCGGAUAUGCCUUGAAAGACGAGCCCAACGUGUUCUUCGUGACGUACGAGGAAUUGACGAGGGACACUCGAGGCACUGUGAUUAGGUUGGCCCGAUUUAUUGGUGAACGCUACGGCAAAAGCCUGGAGGAAGGUGGCGAAGCAGGUGAAGGGAGGCUAAACGAGAUCCUCAAGAGGAGCAGUGCGAGGAGCAUGAAAGAUGUCAUGGUGUUCAACCUGCGCGAAAACCCUGAUCCAGGAUUGCAGAAGCGCCUGGAGGAGCUGAACGUGUCCUCUAAGGCUUCUCACGAAGGAGACGUCAAGCGCCACGAAGUUUUGAGAAAGGCGAAGAUUGGUGGAUGGAAGGAACACUUCUCGCCCGAGCAGCUGCGAUGUAUGGAGGCAACGAUCCGGGAAAGGACCAGAGGUUCCGGCGUGAUGGAUCUGUGGAAGGACAUUCGACAGGAAACGUUGAAAUUAUGUGAAGAGUCUUCAUAGGCCAAAGACACCAUGCAACAUGCAGCAUCAGGCAGUUGAUGCAUGGAAUCAUGCAGCUGAUAUGUCAUGCAGCUUAUCUAUGGCAGCACUAUGCAGCAUGCAUAGUGAUUCCAUACAUCAAGGAUGUAAUCUGCUUUGACGCCAUAGAAUGCAUGCAUUUGAAAAUUAUUGCCCUAUUUGUUCACUGAGCUUUAUACCAUGACGAAGGUGGUAGUACACUAAAAGAAACGCGAACAAAUGCAUGAGACGGGACGAUGCGCUAGCUACAAACUGCGUAAUGGGCGAAACUCAUUCAUAUACAGCUUAAGGCACGCGCGCGCGUAGUCGGUAUGACUGCUGUACAAUCAAGUCAACAUACCUGAGGAAGUGGGAAAAAGAUUUAACGCACGCAAGCAAUCACGUACCGGCACCUGAAAAUUGCGCUACCACCUUCUCCAUGAUUGACUACGAACAUGCCCAUUCUCACUUCCUUUCAAGUUGUAUAGUGUAUAUUUUUGUUUAAAUCAUGUUGUGACACUUGUGCGGGCGCAACCAGCCUCGAGGGCCGACGACCGCUGUUUACCCUUCGCAGGGCACAUAGCCAACCUUUCAUCUCGCACUUUUGUCAUUCCUAUUCAAAGAUUUCCCGAUAUCAGCGUCAAAAAAAAUACAUAUACCUUGAUUUUUAUCAUCGCAUUCAUGGGGCCCUGGAACCUGGAAUUGUAGAGGAUUCAGUUAAAGUUUAGGUAAUGUAAAACACAAACUGAGUAUGUUCUCCCCUGUUGCCCAACUCCUAUAGAGCAUGCAAACUCAGGUCAACAAAAUAAAAAUAUUUUUAAGGUCUUCACUGCGCUACGGCGCGACUGCACUCUGCCUAGCUGGCUGUCGGGCGGUGAGGUCAUUGCUGUCCAAAGCGGUAUAUCGCCGUGAGGUAAAAGGCGUGAUGAUAUAGGGGCCAAU